AAACAAGUAAUUUUACUCAUAUACUGUCACCUAUUAAUGCAGAUGUUCAGCCUUCUUGAGUAGAAAUGUCAUCUAUCUCUUUGCCACGGUGACAUCUUGGCGGUGUUUUGUCACGCAGAUCCGGUUCUGACUGGUUUGAUCUAGUCCUCUGCGCAUGCGCACUCGGUGUAAACAGGAAGAAGCGACGUUAAACCAGCGCAGAUCUGCCAUAAAGAGACGAAAUGAUCCGAUAAAAACCAACCAAAGUCAUGCUUUUCUUUAUAUAUUAACCAACAUAAAUCCUGCACCACCUGCUGGUAAUUUGGACUACAUUUUGUGGAAGUAAUUGCUAAGUUUUAGAGCAUUUAGACAGCCUCGUUAACACCGAUCCGCUAGCUGACGUGAGACGGUUCAGUUCCUCCAGGAGCUGCUCGGCUGAUAAACUGCUCUAUACUAUCACAUCGGUGCUUUUGACCGGAUUUGGUGACUCUACACCGAAAGUAAAUCUCUCUAGCGAUGGUUCAGAAAGAUAAGACGCUGGAGCCGCCUCCAGUGGACGGAGAGCCGAGCCCCAGCCCGGUGGUCUCCGGAGAGGUGUGUGAGGAGGCCCCCGGCCCGGUGGAGGAGUCCGGCAGCGGAGUCGAGCCGACCGGCCACAGGAAAUUCAUCUGUGGAGUCGUGGAAGGCUUUUAUGGUCGACCAUGGACAAUGGAACAGAGGAAAGAGUUGUUCAGAAGGCAGCAGAAAUGGGGACUGAGCACGUACCUUUAUGCACCCAAAGAUGACUACAAACACAGGAUGUUCUGGAGAGAGCUGUACUCGGUGGAAGAAGCAGAGCAACUCAUGACUUUAAUUGGUGCUGCUAAGGAGCAUGCAACAGAGUUCAUCUAUGCCAUUUCCCCUGGACUGGACAUCACCUUCUCCAAUCAGAAAGAGGUUACUGCACUCAAGAGGAAACUCGAUCAGGUUUCUCAAUUUGGCUGCAAGUCAUUUGCCUUACUUUUUGACGAUAUUGACCACAACAUGUGUCCUGCUGACAAAGAGGUGUUCAGCUCAUUUGCUCACGCUCAGGUUUCCAUUACCAACGAAAUCUACCAGUACCUGGGAGAGCCCGAAACCUUCCUCUUCUGUCCCACAGAGUACUGUGGGACAUUCUGCUACCCAAAUGUCCCUCAGUCGCCGUACCUCCACACAGUAGGAGAGAAGCUACUGCCUGACAUUGAAGUGCUAUGGACAGGCCCUAAGGUGGUGUCCAAAGAUAUCACAGUGGAGUCAAUUGAGGAGGUGUCAAAAAUCCUAAGAAGAGCCCCCGUGAUCUGGGACAAUCUUCACGCCAAUGAUUAUGACCCGAAGAGGCUUUUCUUGGGUCCGUACAAGGGCCGCUCCACAGAGCUCAUCCCCAGGCUGAAGGGAGUCCUCACCAACCCAAACUGCGAGUUCGAGUCCAACUUCGUAGCGAUUCACACUCUGGCCACCUGGUACAAGUCUAAUAUGAACGGGGUGCGCAAGGAUGUGGUCAUGACGGAUGGCGAGGACAGCACAGUGUCCAUCCAGAUCAAGUUAGAGAAUGAAGGCAGUGAUGAAGAACUGGAGACAGACAUGCUCUACAGCCCACAGCUUGCUCUAAAACUGGCUCUCGCAGAAUGGCUCGGGGACUUUGUUGUUCCUCAUCAAUACAACAGCCGACAGGUGCCAGGGAGCUGUACCAAAAGCACAGCCAUCGACGUGUCAUCCAUGGCGUCGCCCUCUCUCUGCUCCUCCACAACAGUCACAACUGUGUUCCAGCAGCCCAUCAUGUCUCCGGCCAUGCCGCCUCUCUGUCUGGAUCCACUCUCACACCCCAUGGCAAAGAGACCUCAGGAGGAAGAGGAGGUGGAGGUGGAGAAGAAGGAAUCAGACGAGGAGCCCAUGGAGAUGGUGGUUGAGAAGCUGGAUGAGCCAGAGCCAGAGGCAGAAGCUGACGAAGAGGAGAAGCAGGUUGGUCCCAUCUUAGCUGACAAGAUGGCUGAGGACCUGAAGCCCAUGGAUACAGACAAGGAGAGUCUGACGGAGUCAAAGUCCCCUGAGGAGUCUAUCCAGGAGGAGUCUAUCCAGGAGGACCCUGGAUGCGACAUCGCCCCUAUGCAGACAGACGAUCAGCUCAAGCAGGUGCCGCAAACAUUUGAUUUGUUUGUGCCCGGGCCCAACGAGAAGCCCCUGUUCAUAGCAGAGCCCCUCACUCUCGACGACCUGUGCUUGCUGGCGGAGCUCUUCUACCUGCCUUAUGAACAUGGACCCAAGGCCGUCCAGAUGUUGAAGGAGUUCAACUGGCUGAGAGCCAACAGCAGCGUCGUCAGCAUCAACUGCAAGAGAAAGGAAACUGAAAAGGUAGAAGAGUGGCAAUCAAGGGCCGAGAAGUUCGAGGAGAUGUGCUGCUCGGUCAUCCAGAUGUUCACGCGGCUGUCCAACUCGGCCAACCGCACCAUCCUGUACGACCUCUACCCGUACAUCUGGGACAUCAAGAGCAUCAUUUCUAUGGUCAAGUCUUUUGUCCAGUGGCUAGGGUGUCGUAGUCAGUCCUCAGCACAAUUCCUUAGAGGAGACCAAGAGCCCUGGGCCUUUAGGGGAGGUCUAGCAGGAGAGUUCCAGAGAUUGUUGCCAAUAGACGGGGCAAACGAUCUUUUCUACCAACCUCCACCUUCAAUGCCGACCUCCAAAAUCUAUUCCAUAAGGCCGUACUUUCCCAAGGAUGAGCCUGCGAUUUAUAAAAUCUGUAAAGAAAUGUACAGUGAAGGAGUGGAGGAAGUACCCCUAUCUGAUGAGGAUCCGGACCUCAUAGGAGACAGGUUAGUGGGAGGUCUCCUGACACUGAGCUCAGACUACGGGUUUGUGCUGGAGGACGACGAAGGGAUCUGCGGUUACGCUCUUGGUACUGUGGACGUCGCGCCCUUCGUCAAGACAUGCAAGUUGAACUGGAUUCCCUUCAUGCAAGAGAAAUACGUCAAACCUGACUGUGAGAAGGACCUCACAGACGCUGAGAAGAUGAUGCUGAGUUUCCACGAAGAAGAGGAGGGUCUUCCAGACUCUUUCCUCUCCAACUUCCCCUCUCUCAUCAAGGUGGACAUUCACGCCAAGGUCACUGACCCCAGUGUGGCCAAAAGCAUGAUGGGAUGUCUUCUAUCUUCUCUUAAGGCCAACGGGUCUCUCGGUGCGUUCUGUCAGGUUCGUCAGACUGAUAAGAGAAUGUUGGACUUCUAUAGUAAGCUGGGAUGCUUUGAAGUGGCCAAAAUGGAGGGCUUCCCCAAAGACGUCAUCCUUAUGGGACGCAGCCUAUGAAGAAACGUCCUGCUACGAUAACAGACAGACAGAGAGAGACAGCGAGUCAACGUGUCUUAAAACAUGUUUGCUACCUUCAUGAGAUAAACUUCCAUGAUGAUUUUAUACUACAUUACCAUCUGGGCUAGCCCCGGGAAAACCUCUUUUUAGGAUUUGUGUACAGAAGCACAGCAGUCGCACACACAGAUUCCCUGCGCUGCCAUUAGAUGUUGUGGCUCCGUUGGAUUCGGCAGAUCCGAAGCUAAAAGGCCGAGGAGUGAUCUGUAAUCGGUUGAUUUGAGCCGACAUGGAAGAGUGGCACUCCAGCAAUGAUUGUGAGGUCCCGCUACUCGUAUACCUCCAAGAGGCAGGAAGUGAUAACUCCAUAAGCCUUUUUUCUGAUUUAAUCCAGUAGUCAUUACAUGGAUAUUUCCCUCACGCCCUAACGCAAAGUGUCUGUAUCUGAAAUGGAGGCAGAGCUGUGAAACGAGGGCGGCUACAUCCUGCUUUCCCAGCUCUGACAGAGAGAAAUAACGCAGCUGUCGACAUAAGUAGGACACCUUUAUACAGGAUGCGAGGUGCUUUGUGAGAGUUUGCCUUUCAUCGUCACAUCAUGGUACUUCUAGUUGCUCCACAAUAGACUUGGAGAAAGAGGCCUUUUAAAGUGGCGUGUUUCUAUCAAAAAAAGUGAUGCACACAUGAAGGAUGGAAAAUUGUAGCUUUUGGAGUUUGUGAAACCCUCCAAUAAAAGAUCGUCACAGACCAGCAAAGGGGAAAGUAUUUGUUGAGAUUGUUAAAAGACUCAACCAGGAGGUCCUCCGAUUUUUUUGUUCAACUAGUAGUAGGCCUCUGGAAAGCAAUAGAAAAGCUUCCACAAGUUUACAAACAUAAGCCUAUUUCUGUUCAGUGCUUUGCUUGUGGACAUUUUUUCUUUUUUUAUAAUUCAGCAGUUUUUUGUUGCUUAUUUCCCUUUUGAGCUAUUGCCUUUUGGUUCGUUGCCUUUGGAUUUUUAGGUUUAUAUUGCAGACCCCCGACGUCUUCUGUUUUAAAGGCUUUCUAACACGCAUCGGUCAGAUAAAGCUAGAGAAGGGGGAUUUUAGGACAUUGGCCUUGUUGUUGCUCAAAUUCCAGAGACGUAGCCUGACAUUGACAGUCACAUGUCUUAGUUUUGAUCACCAGAUCUCAAAAUACAGCACAGACGUCCUUCAGUACAACUAAGCUGACUGGCAGGGAUAUCACUGUCAGAGAAGCCCCUCAGGCCAUCUACUUAAGUUGUGUCAAAUUCAUUUAAAAAGAAUGAACUCGAAUCAACAUUUUCUGAUAGCAGUAUCCAGUGGGACCAAAAUCAUGAUAUUCUGAUCUGCUAUUAAGAAGAAAAAAUGUGACAUUUGACUGUCACCAAUUUACAUUAGUUAAAAUAAGAAAGAAUCCUAAAGACUUGGAAGCGUUAACUCUCCCAAUGUCAUAAAGCUGCUCAGUUUUUUUUCUUAACCACUAACUCCAAACCUGAAGCAGCAGGUGAUCUGUGGACAACGUUCAAGAGAUGUGCUGUGCUGAAAAGUUAUCAAUUUGCUUGUCAUUGGUAAUAGAAAAUAAUCUGUUUACUGUCAGCUUGCAUCCCUCCCUGCACUGUUUUCAACAUUUGCAUACUCUCAAAUGAAUGUCUUCUCAGCUGAGCCUCGGUGAGCACUGUGGUUCGUUCACCAAAGUGGUUCGCACACUGUUGAGCUGUAGUUAUGCGGGCUUGGAGCAGAAAUUCCUAUAGGCCCUUUUUCCUAUCUGUCCAUUGAAUGUUUUAUAUUCUGACGCAUUUCCCAUUUGUUUUUGUAAAUCUUAUGUAGAUGAUUUAAAAAAAAAAAAAAAAAAAAAAAAAAAAAAA